UCUAAUUCUCAAGUGACUCACAACGCGUCUCGUGUUUUCUCGGGGAGAUUUACUCGCGCGCAGUUUAAUUGCCCAGAGGAGAACAAAAUUGGCGGGUCGUCAACUAACAAAUUCACUUCUACAACUACGUGGCGCAUUUCGACGGGCUUUUGUGGUCGGAAUGUCAUCCAAACCCCAGUACACCUUAAGUGAGGUGGAUGGAGAUCUGUUCUCCGCCCCCAAGAACUAUUCCUUGGCGCACUGUGUGGGUGCCGAUCUUGCGAUGGGUGCUGGGAUUGCCGUGCAGUUCAAGAAAGUCUUCGGAAGGUUGGACGAACUGCAAUCCCAACAAGUGGGAAGUGGAGAUGUGGCGGUGCUGAAGGAUGACCAGCGGUACAUUUACUACCUGGUGACCAAGCCUCAGAGCUGGGGAAAGCCCACUUACGAAUCGGUACAAGCAUCUUUGGAGCAAAUGCGAGAGCAUAUGCGCAAAAACAACGUAGAUAAGCUUGCCAUCCCGAAAAUUGGCUGUGGAAUUGAUGGAUUGGAAUGGGAAAAGGUCAGCGGAGUCCUCGAAUACGUCUUUGGCCAAGAACCGCUGGAGAUUGUUGUCUACAAUUUUGUGCCGCCACAGGGAAAAUAAUGGAAUUAUUCUGUUUCAUGUGUGCUGUUUAGUUUUUAGCAACAUAAUUAUAAACGACCAGUUCCACAGCGUCCCCUUGAAAAA